GAGCAGUCAGCACAGUAGUUCUGUAGUCUUUACCUUACGGUUUACUGUCACACCACCUCUCGUUCUUCGUAGUUCAUCCCAGUGUCGAUUUCCGACCCCUUCAUGGCUGUGACCUUUUCUGCAUAUUCCGCCUUACAGGGCGUUAGACGAUCCAAUUCCGGGAUGAAUUUCUGAAAAUCAGGAUCCGAAGAAGGAAAAAACAACUUAGAUUUUCUGUUUUCCCGACUGAGAAAAAAUGAUGGGCACCUUCGAGGCUAGCUACCAGCAGUUCGGGACGGAUGACUCCGAGGACACCCCACAGGGGAUGAUCCACAUUGUGCCCGAAUGCGGAAAAGCUGCAAAAUGGAACCACAUAGAAGAUCUGGACAGUUUUUUCACGAGGGUGUACAAGUACCAUCAGAAGAACGGUUUCAUGUGCAUGGUGCUCCAGGAGGUGCUCGAACUUUUCCAGUUUAUAUUCGUUGUCUUUUUCUCAGUAUUCCUCUUUAACUGUGUUGACUACGCAAUACUUUUCAAAGACAAACCAUUGCCAAAUGUGACUGCGACAACCAAGGUGGCCCUUUCAGAUGUCAUAUACACGAAGGACGUAUGCGUUGAGCAUAUGGGCGUCUUUUGGUGGACGGUCAUCAUCCUGGCAGUUGUAUUCUGGCUCAUAAGGCUCGUGCGAGUCCUCCUGCAUGUCUUCCAUUUCUGGGAUGUCAAGGCUUUCUUUAACACAGCACUUAAAAUAAGCGAUUCUGAACUUGAAAACAUGACAUGGCACGAGGUUCAGAAGAGGAUACGCGAGGUACAACUUGAACAGCAGAUGUGCAUACACAAAAGGGAACUCUCUGAGCUCGACAUUUACCACCGAAUCUUACGGUUUAAAAAUUACAUGGUCGCCAUGGUGAACAAGUCGCUCCUCCCGCCGAGGUUCAAAUUACCUUUCUUCGGCUCAGAGAUUGUCUACCUGAGCCACGGGCUCAAGACAAACAUCGAGUUCUUGCUUUUCUGGGGGCCGUGGUCGCCUUUCGUGAACAGCUGGCACCUCAAGGAGGACUACAAGAAAGUAUCAAAGCGCCAGGAGCUUGCUUCACUCCUCUCAAAGCAUAUAUUGUACGUUGCGCUGGCAAACCUUCUACUCUGCCCACUCAUCCUACUUUGGCAGAUACUCUACUCGUUCUUUAACUAUGGCGAGAUUUUAAAGCGCCAGCCAGGUGCCCUGGGCGUCAGGAAAUGGUCACUUUACGGUAAACUCUACUUGAGGCACUUCAACGAGCUAGACCACGAGCUGAACAUCAGGCUGAACCGUGCCUACCGGCCGGCCACUAAAUACAUGAACAUUUUCACCUCUCCUACGAUGGCUGUGAUCGCUAAGAACAUCGUGUUUAUAUCGGGAUCGAUUUUAGCAGUCCUGCUUGCUCUCACCGUAUACGACGAGGACGUCUUGUCAGUAGAGCAUAUGCUGAGCACGAUAACGAUACUCGGAGCUGUAGUCGCCAGUUUCAGGGCAAUGAUUCCAGAUGAACACCUCGUUUGGUGGCCGGAACACUUGAUGAAUACAGUCCUGGCACACGUACACUACCUGCCUGCUUCUUGGCGUGGGCAGGCGCACACACAGACAGUCAGGAGUCAGUUUAGCCAGCUUUUCCAAUAUACAGCAACAUAUCUGAUUGUGGAGUUGAUUUCACCAAUAGCGACACCUCUCGUCUUGAUUUUUCACCUGCGAAAGAAGGCGUUGGACCUUGUCGACUUUUACCGGUGUUUCACAGUCCAGGUUGCCGGUGUCGGCGAUGUCUGCUCGUUCGCCCAGAUGGAUGUUCGUACACACGGCAACCCGGACUGGAACCAGAUGGCGUCGACGACAACCGAGGACCAGGACAACUUUGUUUCGACGCCGCCGCCCAACUUACACAACCAGGCCAUGGAGGGUAAAACAGAGCUUUCGCUCGUCCAUUUCACGCUUACCAACCCGAACUGGUCGCCGCCAGUCGAGUGCAGCACGUUUGUAAACGGCGUUAGGGAGCAGGCGAGGAAGAGGAUUUUCCACGAGAUCAACCCAAACGCGACCAUGUUUUCUGAUGAGAACUCCCUCGGAACCGUCGCAGCAGGGAUAAGCACUUUGCUCAAUAUGAUGACGACUACGGAGCCGAAUCCGCAGCACAGGGGAGCGGUGAGUCAUGUCAUGAAUGUGAGCAGGAACGAAGGGCCGAUCGGUGACGCGCAUCUGUUUCCUGGUGGUGUUAUCAGGGGCGGAUUAGCGUCACCAUCUUUCGGUGCAUCAGUCUUUCCUCUGAGGGAGGGCGUUCAAGAACAGUAUGAAGCGACGGCCUUGGACAUGAGCAUGCACGCCCUCUACCUGCACGAGAUGCAUCACAGGACUGUGCAAAGACGUGGCGUGCCGACAUUGGGCAGUUGCAGUCUGCAAAUCCCACCGGGUCAGCAGGGUGCGGUGCAGUCACUCUACCAACAAGAGAGGCUUCCGCUUUUAAGAUCGCCUACGCAUUUAUCAUGACACAGCCCGCUACUCCACCUCUGAACAUAGGACGGAGACGCAUCACCAUUCUUGGAAAGACAGUCGAUCUCAACAAAGCCGUGCCCCUUCCCCCAUCGCACAUCCUGCGUCGCGAUGCAUCGUUCAACAUAAACUUUCAGCCAUGAUGCUCAUGGUC